AUGGAUAUCCAAUAAUUAAUCAAUGCCUAUAACUCAAACAAUUCAAGUGUGAUCAGCAAUCAUUAGUAAGUUGAUGAGAAGCAAGCUUACAAGCAUUCUAAGACACAUGGCAAAUUUUACUAAAAGAAAAACCAGGUUGACCCAGAACACAGAAGAUCAGCCAACGUUCAUUCAUAUCAGGUGAAUGAAAUUUCAUAAGAUGAUAAAAGAUAGAUUCAUACCGGAAUUGAUUAAAGCUAAAAUAAUCAAACAGUUAAGUUGGAGUUUUUCUUGAACAGUUAAAACAGAGAAAGAGAAUUGUAAAUCAAAAGAGAUGUUGAUUAGGAUUCUGAUGGCUUAGGAAAUUUAGUUGUUGCAAAUUUCAGUGGAAACGGAUCAGCUAGUCGGUAACGUAAAAAACGAAAUUACUUCUCCUUAAAUUCCUCGAACAUGAAUAAUAAUUUACUUCAGACUGACAUGCAAGGUAUUCCUAAUCCAAUUCAUUAGCAUGAGUAAUUAAAUGCACAGAAAAGUUUCGAAUUCAAUAACUCUUUCAAUCAAUAGCCAAGCAUUGAAAACUAUCUGACUAGGGAUAUUCAGGGUCCAGGGGGCACUAAUGAUGUAAUAAUGCCUCAUGUUAAAAUUGAUACUCACUAGUCUGUUAAUAGUCUUUACAGAGAAGGAAUUACAUUAAUGAAUAAUCUUAGUAUUUCAAAUAACAUGAAUAUCAAUGGAGCUAAUGGUAAUAACUAUUAGUUUGAGUAGUCUAAGGAGUUUCAAGUAUCAUCAAAUGUGAUUAACAAUGAUUAGCGAUUGUGGAAUGAGGAAGAAAUCUUUUCAACUAAUCUUGCCACUGUACCAGUUAGAAUGUAGCAGAAAGAAUCUGUAUAAGACAGCAUUGAUAAUAUUUAGCAUCAUAUAGGUGAGAAAUAGAAAAUGCUAAUUCAAAAAUCUUAUAAAGCUUUUGGCAACAUGAAUGCUUAAAAACUAAUUCAAGAAUUUGUAGCACCUUAGAGUUAAAAUAAUUUCUAUCAGAUGUAUGUGAAUUCUAAAAAUCAGCAUAAUAAUUCAGCAGAUCAAAAUAUCCUUAAGAAACCCAAGACUUUAUAGAGGGGUAACGAACCUAAACCUGUUAAUAUUGAGAAAGUUAUCAAGGACUCAUAUAAAUCUCUUAUAACAGUGAAUAAUUAAAAAUAGAACUUGAACAACCUAUAUGAUUCAACACAAUCUCCUAAAAAGAAAAGGAUCUCAUAUAAGGAAGAUUUGACUAAGCAAGAUAAGAUAUUUUCUGUCAAAGAGUAAUUGGAAGAGGAGGAAGUAGCCUUACUCUAAACAUAAGAUAUCUUUACGAAGCAGGUAUUACGAGCUAAAGAUAAAAAGUAGCAAGAAUCUCUAAAUACCCAAUCUUAUGGAAGUGUUCUUUAUUCCAAGAGGAAAAAUGAUUUUAAUGAUGUAGAAUUGUAAAAGUCAGGGCAGAGCUCAAGCAUGAAAAGAUAAUCUUUUAUAAUAGAUUAAUUCUAAGCUUCUUCCAUUUUUGUUAAAAACAGGCUUUUGUCUCAACCUAGAGAAAAUAUGAGUCUUCAAAAGUAAAUCUACAGAUAAAAGCUAGAAAAGAAAGGUUAUGCUUUAAAUAUGAAUGCAAUAAAAAAGAAACUGCUGACUUAGGAAGAGCAUGCAGCAGCAACCACUUAUUUUACAACUGGAAAAAUAAAAGUUAUGACUUAAGACUUGAAUUCAGAGAGGCUAGAUUCUUCAAUGAACAAACUCCCUUUGUUUAAAUAAGGCACAAGUCAAGAUUAAACUCCAGUUAUAGUCUAAAGCACCCUUAGAGAAAAGUCUGGGCACAAAAAGUAUCGAUCACAAGUGCAAAUGAGCCCCAUCCAGAUGAGAUAAACUUAAUAUGGCUAAACCCCAACAGUAUUUGAGUCAAAUAAGUUAAUCACAAAAAAGACUCCUUUGUCAAAUGGCGGCCAUUCAGUUAAUUUGACUAAUCAUGAUUGGGGAACUCCCUCUAAGUAUAUCAUCUCAAAUUUUAAUGACUCUAAACUACUUAAAGAAAGAUUGAAAUCUCGAGAAAAAGGUUCAACAACUACAAUAAAUUUUAAGAACACAAAAAUCACAGAUGAUUUAAGUAGAGACGCUGCAUAGAUUCUCAGAGAAGAUAAACUAAAUAAUGGAGUGAGAGCUUCUAAUUACAUGAGUUUUAAGAUACCUGAUUUACAAAAGAGCUUUAAGAAUAGUACAGAUACAAUGAAGAAUAUGUAAAUAGAGUAAGUUAGGAGCUAAAAAUAAAAGAUAACGAUUGAAUAGAAACUUUCAACUAUUUCUAAGAAUCAUAACACUUAUACUAAUACUCGUGAAAAAAGAUUAAGCACUGCUGAGAACAAAUUCUAUAAUUACAUCUCCGAUAGAGUCGAUGAAAUGAGUAGACUGGCAUCAAAUUCACUUAGAAGAGAUAAGCCUAAGAGGCAAACUAUAUUUUGA